AUGCGGUUCUCGUCGAUCAUGUCCCAACCUUAUCUUUUAGCGCCCAUCCAAGAAUGCCCCGCCGAGUUCCUGGUCAAGGAGGUGAAAUUGGCGGUGCUCGGAACAGGGGGCGUGGGGAAGAGCGCCAUGAUUGUACGGUUCCUCACCAAAAGGUUUAUUGGAGACUAUGAACCCAACACGGGGAAUCUAUAUUCAAGACUUGUUCAUAUAGAAGGUGACCAAACGUUUCUGCAGAUCCAAGACACACCAGGAUGCCCGGAGAUCCAAGAAGACUUACCGCAAGCGCUAGAUUCAGUUUCUGGUUGUCUCAAGUGGGCAGAUGGUUUUCUCUUGGUCUACUCAAUUACUGACCGUCAUAGCUACCAGUUCAUUCGGCCACUUUUUCUACACAUCCAGAAGAUUCGCCCUGACUCAAAAACCCCAGUCAUCAUUGUAGGGAACAAAGGGGAUUUGAUGCAUUCUCGCCAGGUUGCAGCAAAUGAUGGCCUACAGUUGGCCAAUGAGCUGGGUGUUGUGUUUCUGGAAGUCUCAACGAGUGAUAACUAUCAAGGCGUAUGCGAUGUCUUUCAAUACCUUUGCAAAGAAGUUAGUAAACAGCACAGUUACGGCAGCCGAGACAAAAGAAGGUCAUCCAUCAUCCCGCGUCCCAAAUCUCCAAACGUGCAAGACCUCAAGAGACGUUUCAAACAGGCUCUUUCAUCCAAAGUGAAAAGUCCUUCAUCA